GCUUUAAUUAGAACAAAUAUUUAACUUAUAGGUGUAGUCUACCACGCCCGUAUGAAUGCGUAGGUGUACCCACGUGCUUUCAUGUGGUUAAACAUGGCGACCGGAAAUAGUUUUAUUUUCCCUGGAUUAGUUUUAUCUGGAGGUAUUGCAGUGUUUUAUGUGAUUGCUGUAUUGUUUGGGGCACCAAUCUUCAGUCAGUUUUACGAAACUAUGCUCUGGUCCACAUUAAUGUCCUCAUUAAUAUUCAUACCCUGCUUAACAUUAUUGCAAUGGACACCCAAUGAAUGGACGGAAACUCUUUUAUUUAUUAAAAGUCGAUAUACAAUGAGGCAGUUUUAUUGUGCAGUGAAUGCAAUAGCUGUACUGACGGGUUCAUGGAUAGGAGCAGCUGUACUGUUACUAGACUGGGACACUCAAUGGAAGGUGUGGCCCAUUCCAUGUUAUAUUGGUUCAUUACUGGGAGGUGUGGUCAGUUUACUGAUUGUUAUAAUGAGACGCCUUUUUUGGUAACAUGUGUGUGUAUGCGCCUGUAUACAUGCAAGGGAUUGUAAGACCCCUGUCUAAUUAGAAGAUUGAUGAUUGACAAAAGAAAAUAAUUAAUUUGAAUAUUAACAAGAUUGGAAUAAUUAAAUGAUCUAUGACCUGUGUCAAUAUAAUUAAUUAAUUUGACUAUUAACAAAAAGAUUGGAGUAUCGAAUAACGUACGACCUAUAUCAGUAUGUCUCUAAUAUUUGGUUUAUUGUUCUAUUCUUUGGAAGUUAUAGGAAUACAUAACGUGAUUUUGAUUUUUUAUUCACUUCCUGUAUUGGGUAUCUUUUCUCACACAUUUUCUUGAGCACCACUAUCAAGCCAAAUCCAAGGAUGAGCAUCAGGCUUAUCAACACAAUUGCUAGUAUCAUAUUAAGGCCAGUUUCCUUUCUGUGGUCUAGAUAAAGAGAUUAUCAAAUUAUUAUUAAACUUACUACCAGUAGUCACGUGAAUUACACGCGAGUUACAC